AAGCCACGAGGUCCGCUCAGCACCUCGCGCACCAAGCAAGACCAUCUAGGAAAAAUGGAGGCAUCGCAGUUCGCCUUCAAGGAAACAGCAACUAUUGCAGCGAAGCGGUGAAAACUGCAAGAAAGCGAAAGCCAUAGAAUCACGGACACAACAGAAAAAGCCUGUACCAAAGAAAGCGCAUCGCUAGCCGCACAGCAUUGUACACACACAGCGCACAGUUCACUGUACAUUUGGCAACAAAACAUAAAAGAAAAUCAAGACAGUUCAAAGCGCAAAAAACACAUGUUCACGUCAUGUUCAAGGAAAUUCAAACGAAGAGAAAAGAGAGUAGAGAAGUUUAGAGAAGUACAAGAACGAACUUGGAGAAGAGAAACGUUCUUAUGAUGAAGAGUAGAGAGAAGAGAGAGACAGACUGGAAAGCAGUUCUACAGAAGACGUGAGAGAGAAGAAAGAUCCACAAAUCGUGGCGGAUGAAAUUGGCGGCCUGGAAAUUACAAUCAUCGUGACGAUCGUAGUGGCGUGCGUGUGCGUAUCACUAGUCGUGGUUGUCGUCUCGCGCUGCGUGUACCAGGCCAAACACGACCGGGGCAAUUCAACAUCGGACGAGAGCAGCAGGAUGGCGACUCCCAUCAAUAUUGUGACAUUACCGCAGGAGGAUAAGGAGAAAGAGAAAGGCAGUGUGGCGUGGCAGGACUUACCCAAUUGCUACGUACCGGAGUCGUGUACGGCAUCACCGAAAAAGAAAAGCGUAAAGGAGUCCGCUAGUUACAUUGUGCAGCCCACGCCUAGCUCCACGCCGAGUAGACCGAUCACGCUGAAACCGCAGCAGCAGGGUGGCAGCACACCGGACACCACGGCAAAUCAGUCGGACGCCGCCACCGACCUAGACAGUGUGUUCUGUACGGUGACGCCCAUGCAGGCACUGAGCUUACGCGGUGAUUCACCGCCGCAGACCACUACUAGCCAAUCGGGUACGCCGAUACUACUCAGUAGUCAUCUCGGCGCAAACAAGAGCAACAGACUCUCGGCGGGUCAAGUGUCACUAGACGGGUCAGAGUACGCACUGCAACGUGGCACGUCGGAACGCGCGUCCACACGCUCUGCUAACAAUACUCUGGGUCGGCCUCUGAAUCCCAGCCCUCUGUCGACUGACCGGUCCCCAGUGCAUGCUGUCAGAGCAGGUGCGGUGCUGUCGGGGACAACCACCAGCACCGCUAGUGGACAGAAUCUCGCAAUGUACCCGGGUUCCCUAACUCCCGGCCGGCCAACGGUCGUCACCUCCAACGGUGUUCGACUGCAGACUGAACGGCGAAUGCACGGACCGGACGAUCAGUAUCGGCAUCCAGAGGACGAUCAGAUCCAACUGCUCUAUAGCAGCACACCAUCGUAUGGUAACCCGUCACCUAACACGACAAUGCGAGGCCUUUCAAACACUCUGCCCUAUCCUGAUCUCAUCUAUUCCUAUGACUCGCUGAAGGCCGAGGUGGACAGUCUGCGGCGAAAGGCAUCGGCCCGGCAAGGGAGCAGUGUCGACUCGAGGCAGCAAUCGGCACUGCACACCGCUGACGUCUGAGGUAUACUGUGAUAGCAGCAGUGUCGACUCCAGGCAGCAAUCGGCACUGCACACCGCUGACGUCUGCCGUAUGCUGUGAUAGCAGCGUUGCCACAAGGUCAGUUCUGCACGGGCAGGCAUGCUAUGAACCAGGCAGCACUGAGCCACUGAGACUUGCACGAGUACGGUAUGAGCUGCCCUGUCUUCGGCUAUAAGGUAUUACGACAACUCAGGUGUCUGGAUGCCUUGUACAUUAGCACACACAUGACAGUGUGUAUGGGCUGUUUUCUCUCACACUCAGCGUUAUGUACGUACUUAUACCAUGGUACGGUACGUAGGGCCUGUUUUCAGCCAAUCAGCGCUCGUCUAGCCAUGGUUAUAUUGGCCAGUAUAAAUCCCGCGCGGGAUUUAUAUAGAAUAUAAAUCCCGGUGCACGGUACGUACGCUAGGGCACUGCCACCGUACAUGUUCACUCCCUGAAAGGCAGUGAACUACUUGUACGGCGGCAGUACUAGUACUCCAGCGCACGGACCAUACAUAAACAGACACAACGGACACCACAUGCACGUAUACACUCUACACAGAACGGCACACUGACGAGGAACAGUACACAAUGGAAAAGAAGAAUGACCUGGAAUUCGUCUACAGAGUAUUCUGUUAUACUGAAUCUGAGGAUAAAGAACGUCGAAUAACCACGAAGUAUCCCGAAUGGGUCAGCAAUGUACAUUGUACUUCGAAGAGUUGAAGAUAAUCAACAUACUGUCUCCUUCGUAAAUAAGUUUAUAAUACCAGUGUACAUGUACUUCAACCCGAUUGGAAAAGGCUACAAUAGAUUGGAUUGAAAUGUGAUACAAAACAGUGUAUGCAAAUGCAUCUACUUGCAAGCAAAACUGAUUAUAAGAUGCCGCAUGUGAAAAUCAGCACUGUACCAUCAUUAUAGUAACACUUACUCCCAAAGAGUCCGUAAUCUAACUAGUGACGGUAGUUUGAUUCAACGAC